UUUGUUAAUUAUAAAAUGAAUUUGUUGUUAAUAAUAAUAUUGAUACCAACAGUGACAUUACAAUGGAUUACAAAAGAUUCAACAAAAAAACACGGGGCAUUAUCAAAACGUAUAGAAAGCUUAUCGAAAUUAACUGAAAAAAUAAUUAAUAAUUAUUUUGGUGGUUGUGUGUUGGUUGUUCUGUAUGAUGAGACAUAUUUAAAUGAGAAAAUUGAUACAAUUAAAAAAUUGUUUGAUGCACAACCGAGAGUAUCAUAUGUACAAAAAAAAAUUAAUUUAACAAGGAAAGAUAAUAAUUAUGUUGUCGCUGAUAAAUGCUAUAAUUAUUUGAUAUUUUUGAAUGAUGUUUAUGACAUUGGUAAGGUUAUUGGUAAAGAAACAAUUAAUAAAAUUUUAAUUAUCACUGAAUCAACACCUUGGACAGUAAAGGAUUAUUUGAGAAGUCAUCCGUCAAGGUUUUAUACUAAUUUGUUGAUUAUAACACAUAGCAUGAGUCGACGAACUGAGGCUGGAUCAUAUUUAUUAUAUACCCAUCAUCUUUACACUGAUGGCAGUGGUGCAAGUGAGCCAGUCCUGUUAACUUCCUGGAUCAAAGAUCAUCCAACAGAUAUUAAUAUUAAUUACUAUCCAGAAAAAUUAAAUCAAGGUUUCAAAGGUCACAGAUUGAUUGUAUCAGUAGCACAUAAACCACCAUACACAAUAAGAAAAAAUAUUAUUAACCGUGACAUUAUUGAUUGGGAUGGCAUUGAUAUUAGAUUGAUCAAACUACUCAGUAAAAUAUUAAAUUUUACAGCUGAAUUUCGUGAUCCAAUUGCUUCUGAUAGUCCAAUCUAUGCAUCAUUAACUGAUGUUAAAAAUGAAAAUUCAAUAAUAGCAACUGGUGGUAUUUAUAAAACAAUAAAUAUAACAAAUAAUUAUGAUACAUCACUUGAUUAUAUGGAAGAUUGUGCAGCAUUUAUAUCAAAAUCAUCAACAGCAUUACCAAAAUAUCAAGCUGUACUUGGUCCAUUUGAUCCAUCAGUUUGGAUAUUUGUAUCAGUAAUUUAUUUAUUAGCAAUAAUAAUACUAACAAUAAACACAAGUUAUAAAUUUAUUGAAUUAAUAUUAAAACCAAAUAUAUUACUUCAUAUGUUUUGGUAUGUUUUUAGUACAUUUACAAAUUGUUUUGUCAUUAAAAAUCCAUUAUUAAAUAAUGGAAUUGCUAAAAAUGCAACAUCAUUUUUAAUUGGAUUUUAUUGGGUUUUUACAAUUAUAAUAACAUCUUGCUACACCGGAUCAAUAAUGGCUUUCAUAACAGUGCCAACAUUUCCAGCACCAAUUGAUACAGCUGAAAAAUUGCUUAAUGAAAAAUACACAAUUGGAACAUUGAAUCAUGAUGGUUGGGAAAGUUGGUUUAAUUAUACAAACAUGACUGAUCCAAUUGGUGUUAGACUACUUGAAUCAAUUAAUUAUGUUUCAAAUAUUAAUGACGGUAUUAAAAAUACAAGUAAAGCAUUUUUUUGGCCAUAUGCAUUUUUAGGAUCUAAAUUAACACUUGAGUAUAUUGCACAAGAUAAAUUUCCACCAAAGUAA